CUGCCAUCCAUCCAUUCAUCGUCCAUCGUGCAUUGCAUGCAGUGACACAAACGUCAAUACACAUAGACAGUGGGCUGCAAGGAGAAAAAAUCCUCAGCCCAAUCAGGCUAUUUGCCGGCAGCAGUCCGCCGCCGCUGUCCAGCCCCAUUUCGACGGCGCGCCCUGGGUCCGUCCGCUCGGGCCGGAUCGGUUGGGACCACCCCGGUUCCCAAACGCCAGGCCCUUUUGGGUCGUCGUCCCAGGACGCAGCGUGUCCCGCUCCCUGCCAGCACAAGGACGUGUCCGGCCAGCUGGGUGGGCGCCCGUUCACUCCGCAACGUUGCGCGGGCCCGCCACAACGAUCCGAUAGCCCUCCGGGCCCUCGAGCCAGAUCUCGUGCUGCCGACCGUUGGGAUUGUAGAGCGGCCCGUCCAGGACCUUUGCGCUCGCUUUCUCCACCCGAGCCACGAGCCCAUCGAAGUCGUCGGUCGAGAACCAGAGAAGCACACCAUUGCCGCGGGACGGAUUCGACUCGUCGCCGAGGUGGGGAUGCUCGUGGGUGUCCCAAGCGUGCAACUGGACGACCAGCGCUUCACCGUCCAUGAGCAUCUCGUAUUCCUGACCUCCAUGGCCGGAGCAAAGGCCGAGGACCUCCUGGAACCACUUCGAGCAGGCUUCGACGUCACGAACGACGAUCAUCGGCUGGGGUCGCAUCAUCACUCUGGUCCCUCCUCGUGCCGACAAGCGUGGCAGCGUCAGUCUGUU